CGUAUACAGGGGGAGCAUGGCCGAGACAGAAGCAGACCCAACAAAGCAACCAAGAGAGCCGACUCCACCCUCGGCCGCCCACCAACUCUCGGCCAGUGUCCAGUCCGCAUGGAUGAGCGAGGAUACGUCCAAGGAGACCGAGGUGACCGAUACCUGCUCAUUCAGCCAAGACACUGUGAAGCUUGUCCAUCCGCAGCCCUGUCUCUUCAUCCGCAUCUCCUCCAGUCCCUCCAAACGGACUCUGGUGUGGCAGAGACCCAGCAGCUGGUCUCUAUGGCCAAAAAGGCUCCCAGGAGGCAGAUCCAGAAGUUCACAAAAAAGCAACGCAGAAGUCACAAAAGACAAAAAAACCCACAUGAAAACAAGAGGGAAACAUCAGGAACACAAAAGGAUGACACAGGAGCACAGAGCUCCUGCCCACAGCAGCCACCACAGCAGUGCCAUCUUGGACAAACAGAGAUCCAAUGAGAAAAAGCAUUGUUCAAGGUGGUGGUUGGUCAGGAGUGAGAGCCAUUUGCACCAAUGUCCCACCACCUUUGACCUGAUGAUGCUCGUGCUUGCCAACGUCAGAAGCUGCUGCCAUGCCAACAUGUUAGCCGCCCGCCUGCUGUCAUCUCGGUCCACUCGCGACUGAGACAUUUCUGACGUUUUUGAGAUGUCCUGUUAGUGCUAAAUGUUGCGUAUGUGUCAUUUUAGAACCCACUUCGGCAAGUAUUGAGUGCGGUGCACUCAAGGUUUACUUAAAUUUUUCAUGCGCAGCCUUUCGAGGUAUGGAACACCACAGGGAAAAGUAGCUGUUUUGUGUCAGCCUGAAGUGAGAAUUGGUUAUUGUGAGGAUGGUUGCAACUUAAAGGGGACCUACAUUAUGAUGAUUUUGAUCUACAUUGAUAACACCUCCUUGUGGUAUGUAUAAUAGGUAUUAGAUAUGCUUUUUGUGUAAACUUUGCUCCACAUUCAUAUUUAUAGACCUUUUUUGAGUCGGUCUGCAAGAUGUACUCUUUUGGAGGCGACCUCAGAUUGCAAAUGAAACCACGUCCCAUCCACUCCAAAAACAAAUUUCAUGAAAAUUAUAUGGAUUCACCAAGUCACAACAUCAGGUACACCUGCACACUGUCACGGUGGGGGGUGUCGCAGCUUGCUGCGGGGUCGUUCUCCCAGAAAUGCAGACGGACUACUCCGGGCAUGGCGUGCAGGGGAGCAGUGAGCAGCAGCGGUGGCCGCGCCCGGGAAUCAUUUGGUGAUUUAACCCCCAAUUCCGACCCUUGAUGCUGAGUGCCAAGCAGGGAGGUAAUGGGUCCCAUUUUUAAAGUCUUUGGUAUGACUCGACCGGGGUUUGAACUCACGACCCACCCACAAAGCCACUGAGCAGGUAAGGUGAGAGCUGUUUACAACAAAUAGUAAAUGGGUUAUACUUGUAUCGCACUUUUCUACUUUCAAGGUACUCAAACCUCUUCGACACUAUUUACACAUUCACCCAUUCACACACACAUUCACACACUGAUGGCGGGAGCUGCCAUGAAAGGCCCUAGCCACGACCCAUCAGGAGCAAGGGUGAAGUGUCUUGCUCAAGGACACAACGGACGUGACGAGGUUGGUAGAAGGUGGGGAUUGAACCGGGAACCCUCAGGUUGCUGGCACGGCCACUCUUCCAACCACGCCUCCUGUAACUGUACUGUUUGAGUGGAUAUCGGCUUUGACAAUAAAGUACAAUUCCAAUGUUGCCAGUCAUAUAAAUAAAACAUGCACAAAUAGCUUACCUCUCCUUUAUUUUGUCAAAGUAACUCUAAAAGUGAUGAAAACCCCUGCAUUGAAAACAAAUGCACACUGAAAUACAAGAUGCAGUUGAACAACGGUUGAUGUAUUUAUACAAAAUUAGUUCUGCUCAA